GAAGUGACCGCUUAAUUCGCCUCAUUGUUGGACCGGCCCUGGGUGCAAUUUAAACUAAUGGAGGUGAGGAGGUCCAGAAGAUACUAGAUGUGCAAUCUACAGUUGACUACACUUUUCACAGUAAACCUACAUGUUCCUUUCUGUUGGAACCACCAGAGAUAUAUGCAUUAAGUAGUUUCUCCAUCAACAUAUACAUCAAUGUGCGUUGAGAAUCAUAGCAUUACAAAAAAUAUAAUUUAUUCAGCUCAAAUGACCUGGUAAUCUCAAAUGACCUGGUACAUCUCAAGUGAAACUUUCCAGAAAGGAGUUGACAAUCUAUGUGCAGAGAGAAGGGAAACACGGAAUAAAGGAAUGAGGUCAAAACGUAUUUAUAAUUGCAGUAGAACUUGGAUAAUGUUAAACUUAAAGAGUUGGAUAAUCUUUGGAGAAAAGAAACAUAGGAAAAACUAAAUGGAAAAAAAUAGACUUAAAAAUGGAAAAUAGUAAUUGUGAAGAUGUUAUGGAUGUGAUCUAGAAUGGAGUUCCAGUUGUAUGAAAUACUUUCUUCCUCCUUUUUUUUUAACUGUUAUUAAAUGAAAGAAAGAGACCAAGUAGAAAUGUAAUAUGUUCAGCACAGAAGACUGCUAAACACUAAGACUUGUAUUAUCCAAAGAACUACUAAAAUCUUGAUUUGUGGAUAAUUGUUCUAAUUCAUAUCAACUUCAAUUCCUAUGUUCUUAGCUUUCUGGUCUUCUUCCCAUCCACUUUAACAGGAUUGUGAAUCCCUGUGCUUUCAACUUAUGUCUUAGAAUUUUGUGGGAAUAUGGAUAAUACUUAAUUAUUACUGUAGGAGACAGUGUGAGGAUCAAGUCCAUUGCCUUCAUAUCUUCCACACUUUUCUUAAUAUGCAGUUUCCCCAUUUCUUCUUUUAUAACCACAGAUAUUUAAAAAGGUUCUGGGAAAAAAAGCAAAAUACACCCCUCCCCAUGGAUCAAGGUAUGAAAAUAAAUGAUAGUGAAGGCAUUAUGUGUGUGUAAUCCAAAAAGGGCAACAAGAAAAGUAUUUUAAAAAUUACUGAUAAGUUGAAAAUCCAUUAAAAAGAAAAUAUACAUCUAUACAUUUUAAUUUUGUUAGGUCAGAUAGUAUAGACUAGCUGGAAAGCACAUAAUGUUUGUACAAUGUUCAAGCACCAUGUAUAAAGAAAGUCCAAUGUUUGCUAUCUAGCCCACUGUGAUAAUUUUGAUUUAUAUGUUCAUGAUGGGCUAGAAAUCUGAUUUGUUAAUGCCUUUCUGUGAAUGCAUUUUGAAGGCGCUUACUUUAAGAAUAGCAUUUUGCAAGGUAAACAUUCAUGAAGCUAGAAAAAAAAAUCUUCCUGGAAACUUUCCUUCAUACAGUAAACUUUAUAGCUUGGUCCUCUGCAUGAUUAUUUAGAAAGUAAAUCUCAUUGAUUUCCACAUAAAUUAGCUCUCAAUAAACUUGUGUAAGACAGAGGGAAGUAAUCACUAUAGAGUUUCUUUAGAGGGUCUACAGAUACAGCAAGGGGAAAAUUGAAGAGGUGGAGUAGGUUAAGUGAGUUCUUACUGUGGCCAAAAACGUGUGAUCAAGGUACAUGAGAAGCCACACAUACAAUCAAUGUGGCCACAAUACUGUUCCGUCAUUCAGAAGUAUACCUGGCCUCCAAAAUGUAGAACUUCUUGUUACACAUAGGAAAUCUCUUCAUUAUUGGUUAUCUAUUCUAUUAAACAUUUUAGUAUUAAAUUCGGGGAGGGAAGCAUUAGCUUUAAGUGCUACUGUUAUAAGAAUUCUUAUUCUGCCAUCAUUUUAGUAAUUUAAUGAUGGUGUGCUUCCUUAGUAAACCAAAUCUAGAGUACUAGAAUGCUUAUCUUAUAUCCAGACCUUGAACAUAAAAGGCAUUUUAUACCAGCAAUUGUUCAUUUAAUGAGCAAUUGCUGACUGCAGGCCGGUUAAGGGAUUGAGCUAUAUGCACCAUUAUUGCGAGAAGUAUUCCGAAAUACCAGAAAUAGGACGUAAGCUCUGAUCAGGAAGACUGUGAGCACAAUUACCUUCUUUUCAAAUCCUUCUGUGACACUGCGGGAGGAAAAAAGACUUUGAAACUUGAAAGGAUAGAGCUUGCUUUCAACCUCAAAAGCUAGGAGGAAAGGGCUCUGAAAUUUGCUCAGUAUUCCCAAUUCACCAUUAGCCUGUUUCUUCCUUUAGCCUCAAGGCAUUCUCUGCUUUUUGAAAAGAUGUUAAGAAAUUCAGUCACAAUAGAGAGCCUAGUUUUGAACAUGUUUCACUCGGUCCAUUGAGGUCUGGUCUUCAGCCUUUGUGUGGGGUGAAUUGAGCUGAGCAGCUAGCUGGUUGGGGAGAGGUGAAUGAGCAGUCUAUACGCAAGUCACCAAUUCUGGCAAAAGAAAAGAUUACCCUUUGCUUAAAAAGAAGAAGAAGGAGAAAUUUACAAUAUGCAUUCCUGUACAAGUCUGCCAGUGGCAAUCUGUGGAGCAGAGCUUGCGCUUAAGUCAAUAUGGAGCACUUUGGUUUAUAGUAACUCUUGUUAAGUUUGCCUUGUAAUUGAAGAUGCUGUUGACCUUGCUCGAAGACCAUUUGUAAAACCGUUUAUUUAGCAUAAACUGAAAUAAUAAACCCUCCUUCUCUUAGGGCCGAUUGUGAUAGGGUGACAUUAGUUUGAUUUAAUGAUUAGCCGCCUGACCCCUCAGCUUGAGAGAGCGGCUUGAAUAGGGAGAGUUCACUACCAAGCGCACAGGAAGAAUACUAAUGAGCUUGUUAAAUUUAGCAUGGCACCAACCAAUUUUAAUUCCUCUAAUGGGAGAAGCGCUGCCUGAGAGAGAGGGAGGGAUUCAGAGUGUGUGUAUCAGAGAGAGAGACUGAGGCAAGGAGGGAGAAAAAGAGGGAGAAAGUGAGAGACACUAAGAGAGGAUUGCCCCCACAUCAGUAGCUAGAGAAUUUCACUCAAGACAAGAGCUUCCAGAGACCAGGCAAGAUCCUUCCGAUUGAGUUAGGAUGAAAGUCCUGGACAGACCUAUCACAGAGAGAGAAGAAACGCAAUCACAAUGCAGCCACAGGGUGGGCAAGGCCUCGGUAAAAUCAGUGAAGAGCCUUCGACAUCUAGCGAGGAAAGGGCCUCAUUAAUCAAGAAGGAGAUCCAUGGAUCUAUAUCUCAUCUUCCUGAGCCUUCAUUACCUUACCGUGGGACAGUCUUUGCCAUGGAUCCCAGGAAUGGUUAUAUGGAUCCUCCUUACCAUUCAGCCUCUGCUUUGAAUUCUAUAAAGUACUAUCCACCUCACCUUUUCCCAGCAUUCCACCCUCCUGUACCAAUUGAUGCAAGACAUCACGAGGGACGUUAUCAUUAUGAACCAUCCCCCAUUCCUCCGUUACAUGUGCCUUCUGCUCUAUCAAGUAGUCCAACAUAUUCAGACUUGCCGUUCAUCAGAAUAUCCCCACACAGGAAUCCUGUUGCAGCAUCAGAGUCUCCUUUUAGCCCACCUCAUCCAUAUAUUAACCCUUACAUGGACUAUAUCCGAUCUUUGCACAGCAGCCCUUCUCUGUCUAUGAUUUCAGCAGCCCGAGGACUGAGCCCUACAGAUGUGCCACAUGCUGGAGUUAGUCCAGCUGAAUAUUACCAUCAGAUGGCUCUGCUGGCAGGUCAGCGCAGCCCAUAUGCAGACAUCAUUCCUUCAGCAGCCACAGCAGGAGCUGGUGCCCUUCAUAUGGAGUAUCUCCAUGCUAUGGACAGCGCCAGGUUUCCGAGUCCCAGGCUGCCAACGAGACCAAGUCGAAAGAGAACAUUGUCCCUAUCGCCUCUGUCUGAUCACAGCUUCGACCUUCAGACCAUGAUCCGGACAUCUCCAAAUUCCUUAGUCACAAUUCUUAACAAUUCCCGUAGCAGUUCUUCAGCAAGUGGCUCCUAUGGCCAUUUAUCUGCAAGUGCAAUAAGCCCAGCUCUGAGUUUUACAUAUCCUCCCACACCAGUAUCCCUCCAACAGAUGCACCAACAAAUCAUCAGUCGCCAGCAAAGCUUGGGCUCAGCCUUUGGACACAGUCCUCCACUCAUCCAUCCUGCUCCAACCUUUCCUACCCAGAGGCCUAUCCCUGGGAUUCCUAGUAUCUUGAAUCCUGUCCAAGUGAGUUCAGGUCCAUCGGAGUCUACACAGCAGAACAAACCCACAAGUGAAUCUGCAGUGAGCAGUACAGGAGACCCGAUGCAUAACAAACGUUCAAAGAUAAAACCUGAUGACGACCUCCCCAGCCCAGGUGCAGGAAGCGUGCAGGAACCACCAGAAGGAAUGACCUUAGUAAAAGAGGAAGGAGACAAAGAUGAAAGCAAGCAGGAGCCUGAAGUGGUCUAUGAGACAAACUGCCAUUGGGAAGGCUGUUCACGGGAGUUCGACACUCAGGAACAGCUAGUGCAUCAUAUAAACAAUGAUCACAUACACGGGGAGAAAAAAGAGUUUGUAUGUCGAUGGCUGGAUUGUUCCCGAGAGCAGAAGCCAUUCAAAGCCCAGUACAUGCUGGUUGUUCACAUGAGGAGGCACACAGGAGAAAAGCCACACAAAUGCACUUUUGAAGGUUGUACAAAAGCCUACUCCAGGCUGGAAAACUUGAAAACCCACUUGAGAUCUCACACUGGAGAGAAACCAUAUGUCUGCGAACAUGAAGGCUGCAACAAAGCAUUUUCCAAUGCAUCUGAUCGUGCCAAGCACCAAAACAGAACUCAUUCCAAUGAGAAACCCUAUGUCUGCAAAAUACCAGGGUGCACAAAGCGCUACACAGAUCCUAGUUCUCUUCGAAAACAUGUAAAGACUGUGCACGGCCCUGAGGCCCAUGUUACCAAGAAGCAGCGUGGAGAUAUCCACCCACGGCACCCCCCACCUCGAGACCAAGGCAGCCAUUCUCAAAGCAGAUCCCCCGGCCAUCAGACUCAGGGUGCAAUUGGGGAGCAAAAAGACCUCAGCAACACUACCUCAAAGCGUGAAGAAUGCCUCCAGGUCAAAGCUGUCAAGUCAGAGAAGCCAAUGGCAUCUCAGCCAAGCCCUGGUGGUCAGUCUACAUGCAGCAGCGAACAGUCCCCCAUCAGCAACUAUUCCAACCAUGGGAUCGAGCUUAAUCUGACCAGUAGAGGUAGUGUAGGAGACCUCAGUGUCAUAGAUGAAACCCCUAUCAUGGACUCUACCAUUUCAACAGCAACCACAGCACUUGGCUUACAGGCCAGGAGGAAUAUGACAGAGACCAAAUGGAUGGAGCAAGUCAAGUUAGAAAGGCUGAAACAAAUCAAUGGAGCGCUUCCAAGACUGAACCUCAUGCCACCUUCCAAAGGCCCAACCUUGCCACCUCUCAUAGGAAAUGGUACUCAGUCAAACAACAGCUGUAGCCUAGGAGGAAACAUGGCUAUCCUAACCCACAAAAAUGAACUCACAAACACGGAUAUCACUGUGUUAAACAUGCUGAACAGAAGGGACAGCAAUACCAGCACAAUCAGCUCAGCCUACAUGAGCAGCCGUAGGUCCUCUGGAAUUUCACCUUGCUUCUCUAGUCGCAGAUCCAGCAGUGCUUCUCAGGGUGAGGGAAGGCUCCAGAAUAUCAGUGUGGCUGAUUCCUAUGACCCCAUUUCAACUGAUGCCUCAAGGCGAUCUAGCGAAGUCAGCCAGUGUGACGGCUUACCGGGUCUUCUCAGCCUUACCCCUGCCCAACAGUAUAGGCUGAAAGCAAAAUAUGCAGCAGCUACUGGUGGACCUCCACCAACACCACUACCUAAUAUGGAGAGGAUGACCUUGAAAACAAGAAUGGCACUGUUGGGUGACUGCCGGGAAUCUGGAAUGUCACCACUGCCCCCCGCUAAUUCUCCUAGAAGAUGUAGUGAUGGUGGGACAAAUGGUUACAGCAGGAGACACUUACUGCCUCAUGAUGUGAUGGGGAAUGGUACAAGGAGAGCCAGUGAUCCUGUGAGACUAGUCUCUGAGAAUCUUUCUUUCCCCAGAGUGCAGCGUUUCAACAGCCUCAAUUGCUUUAACCCUCCUGCUUUGCCUCCCUCUGCGGAAAAACGCAACUUUGUCCUUCAAAACUACACACGAUCUGAUGGUGGCUUGUUUCGCAACUUCUGUUCACCAUGUCCUCCAAGCAUCUCUGAAAAUGUGGCUAUGGAGGUUGCUACCAUGGAGGCAGAUGGCAAUUUGAAUGAUGAAGAUCUUCUGCCAGAUGAUGUGGUCCAAUAUCUGAAUUCUCAGAAUCAAAUGUACAACCAAAUGCCAAAUGGUGGAUUAGAUAACAACAAAGGGCAUAACAGUUCAGUAAUAGGGAACAACAACAGCUUUGAGCAAACCCCGCCAGAAGCCAGUAAAAAUGAUCUGCCAAUUCAGUGGAAUGAAGUAAGCUCAGGAAGUUCUGAAUUGUCUCCAUCAAGAUUAAAAUGUGGGCAGCGAUCUCUGAUCCAGCAAAAUCAAACCCCUGGGUUCUAUAAUAACCUAGUUGUCCAGUCGCAGAACAAUGGGCUGGAAAGAAAUGUUAUGACUCAACAAAAUGGCUACAGGCAUCUACUAGACAGCAAUGGCUCUUGCAAUUUACAACAUAACAUGGCCAUGAAUAACGGUGACACCAACCGUUCUUACCACUUUCAGUCUAGUAAGGUACAACUAUAUAGUGAAAGUACUGGCAGACAACCAAUGGACCAUACCUCUGAAAUGGUGGUUCAAGGGCAAAAGGUGAGAAACAAUUAUAUGUUAGCUAAUGGGAACCAGCACAAUUUUGGCUGCCCUGUGGUAUCAGAUGAGCCAUCUGCCAGUGUAAUGAAUAAGAUGCAGAGCAGAAACAUGGUCCUCCAAGAGUACUUUCCUCAUCAAUCAGCAGAUGAAGUCAGUCACUACCAUGAAGUAGACCAUUCCAGUAAAACAAUGCUAGAGCAAGUCACUGCUCCCUCACAACGCAGCCUUCACCAAGGGUCACAGAGUUAUCUGCCACUUUCCGAAAACGUUGGGAUCCAACCUUCAGGUUUGAUGAUAGGCAGAGGUUACCAGCCCUGUGUGAGCUAUUGUGGUGGCAGAAUGCAGAACAUGGUGAGGAAUAAUUCCGUGCAACAGGGACAUGGUAGGGAUGCCAGCCAGGCACACAAGGUCAAUGGCAUCAAAGUAGAGUCUCAAAGUCAGUCGCAACAAUUCUGUUCUAAUAUGCAGAAUUACUCUGGUCAGUUGUAUGACCAAACCACAGGGUUUAUCCAGCAAGCUUUGAAAACAGGGGCUUUCCCCCUUUCAGAAGCCAACUGCCUCCUGCAGGGGACUAGUGAUGCAAAUUCAUCAGAGCUUCUCUCUCCAGGGGCCAACCAGGUGACAAGCACUGUUGACACCAACAGCCUUGAAGGCGUGCAGAUCGAUUUUGAUGCUAUCAUAGAUGAUGGUGAUCAUGCCAGCUUAAUUUCAGGAGCCCUAAGUCCCAGCAUCACCCAGAAUUUCUCCCACAAUUCCUCCCGUCUCACCACUCCCCGAGCGUCUCUUACAUUUCCAGCAAUGCCCAUAAGCACAACCAACAUGGCUAUUGGGGACAUGAAUUCUUUAUUAACCUCACUUGCUGAAGAAAGCAAGUUUCUUGCUGUUAUGCAAUAGCUAUGAACAACUUAAAAGGUGAAAGAUUUUUAAAAGUCAAUUUUUUUAGUUGUUUUAAGUACUUUAGCAGUCUCAUCUCACUUAAAUGGGAUGUGUUUCAUGUAUAUUCCUUUUAUGGAAUAAGGACUGAAAAACCCUAAAGUGUUCUAGGGAGAAACUGUCUUCCAUUUCAGUUUUGAAUCAGUAUUGUUACACCCGCAAUUCCCUUCAUUAUUUUUAAUGACAACACUUCUAUGUGUUUAUUUUUUAAUUGUAAACCAAUGUAAAAUUGUGAUGUGCAUGUGGGUUUAUUUUUGAUGAAGUUCUGAUGAAAUGUUACAACUUCCUGUUAUUCAAAAGAAAAUGGAAAUUAUGUUGUCAGAUUCUUACAUUCAGUUUCUAACAUGUAUACACAGCAUUACUAGAUAUCAAGCUGAAAUUUGGGGUUGCAUCCACUUAGCAAAUCUCCUAUGCAAAUUCAUCAGAAAAAUUGGUUUGAAACAAAGUGAACAAUUGAUUUUAAAAGGGGUGGGGGAGGUACGAAUGCCCUGAGAUGUCAUUUCAUUUGCUCUCCACCAGUAAAUUUCAUAUUGUCUACCUUCAAUGAAUACUUCCCACAUUGUCUGUCUACUGCAGAGUUUCAAAGCCCUGUUUAAGGGCACACAGUUGAUGAAGAGUAUUUUCCUGACUGGUGGGUCUUUUCAUCAUCCUUUAUCAGUAGUGGAAAGGUUGUGCCUCCCUGGGCCUUAUGUGUAGCUCUUCAUGGAUCCCAUACCUCCCUCUGAGUAGUUACCACAGGUUGGAAAUAUUUUUGCAGUAAGUUAAUGUAAGUUUAAAAAAAUGAUUUGUUAUUCAAGAUUACCCAUUGGUAUCAUGUUACAAUUCAGUAAUAUCAAAUAUUUGCAUAACUUAAAAAUACAAAAAAGGUCCUAAAUGUCCCAGUAUAUUAUCUCAUUUUACCAAAGUUCCAACAACAAAUAAUUCUUAAAUAAUUUUUCAAUGUAAACUGUUGCUUCCUUGUAAGCCCCCUAUCUAUUCCACAUCAUGACCUAUUUUCCACCUCUCUAAUAGUAUGGUGAAAACAAGUUAUAUCAGAAUCCUCAAAGGAGAGGGACUCCUCAAUGAAAGAAAAAGCUCCAUGAUUUUUGUGUGUACUCACACACCACUGUGUGCACAUCUAUGUGCAAACAUGUUCAUGGAUAGCCCCACAGCCAACACAUACACUCCCCAGUGCUGACAAGGAUGUGUACCCCUUCCCUGUAUGAACUGAGAGUGUAAAUGAAACCACAUUGGGUUCAUAUUGUAGGGGAGGGUCAGGGAUAAUAUAUAACCUCCUAUUAGGAAGUGCUAUUUUCCAUUACUGGUGUGCUCACUGUAGAACCAGAAGAACAACCAGAUUCAUCUGAAAUACAGGUUGGAAACCACUACUCUAGAUUGAAAAAUAGAAUACAUUUCAUAAAGAGCUGAAUCUUAAAAUUUCCUUGAUGUCAUUCUGUAUGUCCAGCUGGAUUUUAUUUUCCAAAAUAUCAUUAUAACAAUACAUUCCAUAGUUCUUGAUUGUGAACAGGAAAGCACCUCAAACAUUCUGUCGGUAUAAAGACAUAACUCUUUCAGUUCUUCUAAAAGUGUCCUAAUCGCAGACAUGUUCAGAUUAUUGUGUUUGACACCUAGAUUUAAAGAGGCCAUUCAAAUCUUCAUCUAAUAACAAGUACAUAUCCCAUAGGGUGCAAUAAACAUAGCUUUGAGCCAUAAUCUUCUAAUUUUAUAACAAUCUCAGAGUGGUGAGAACGCAGUUGAACUUCUACUUUUGUGGAAACAAAAAGAGGCAAACCGAGAUAUUGCCCAUCUCUGCUCUAUAGCCUGAAGAAAGGGCUUCUUCCUAUUCACUUCCACUUUUUUAUCAGCCUCAGACAAACACCAGCAUUCUUCAAACUUAAGAGCACAAAGGAAUCGCUCCUAGGUAUUUUGGAAACAAGGCAACAAAACGCACAACAGAAUUCUAUGUAAUCCACCAUUAUGAUGUUGGGGUCCAUACUGUUCUCUAUGAGAAGCACAUAUAAAUGAGUCAUGAGUGAAAUAACCGCCUCUUGCAUUUUAACAGGGAAGUCAAUAGCAAAACAGGCUACCAAAACAAUACAUGCAGAGGCACUAUAAGAAUGCCCAUUGAACAAACAGAGCAUGCAGAAUAUCAGAGAGAUAUAAAACUCAAAGGCUAGUUAUACAAAUAUAUCUUGUACAGAAAGCUGUGAUUUCUCUUUUUAAGUGGCAUUUCCUUGUAAAUGGGGUAUUCGACACUACAUUUGGUAGACCAGAACUAGUUCCACCACCAAGAUAGUGUUUCUGUUAUUCUACAUCAGUAGAGAACCCCUGGUGGCACAUGCAAAUGUGAGUAGAUCAGUAGGUACUGCUUUGAUGGGAAGGUAACAGCGCCCCAUUCAGUCAUCCAGCCACAUGACUUUGGAGACAAUACCGCCUCUUCAGCUUAGAAAUGGAGAUGAGCACCAUCCCCCAGAGUCGGACAUGACUAGACGUAGUAUCAGGGGAAAACCUUUAUCUUUACAUCAGCAGAAAUCUGCCCAAAUACAAAGACUGUUGCUCACAAUUAAUGUCGUCAUGUAAAGUUUACAAUGUCUUUAUGACAAAUCUGUUUCCAUUUUGGAGAUCCAGUACGCUCAGUUGGUUUGACAUCUGGGGUCCAGUUUAUUUCUUUUUACAUUUUUUCACUACUGUUUACAUUCUUUUUCCAGUUCUAUUUCACACCGCAGCAACAAAUUAAGUACAAUUGUUGGGCUUAAAUGUGCUUCGUUGUUUGUGUCUGAUUGUGGUUCUCUGCUUCUUAUCUUAAUGGCAACCACAUGCUUCUUACUGAUCCAUGGUACAGGCAAAUUAUAAAUUCAUGGGAGAAACAAAAGGCUCUUUUCAGAGAUACUUUGCAACUCUGCUUUUUUAUAUAUAUAUAAAAUAGGCUUUAUUCCCCCAUUGCCACCACCUCCAAAUCUUCCCGUGCUGGUGGACUUUAUAAUAAUUUGCUAUAUCUAAACACUUUCAGUAAUAUUACGACUAUUGGCCACAUUUUAGAAGAUGUUCCUCUGUUAUAUUUAAGUUUUCCUUUCAGGAGAAUAGUUGAAAUGAUGUUUUCAUUUACUCAUGUUUUUUCCAGUGGGCUGACAAAUGUUACAUUUAAAUUGAUAUAUUGUCUACUCAAACAGAGGACACUGAAAAUAUAUUUAUAUAGCGAUGUGAGCUGUGGUGUCUGAAAAUAACCAUCCAUGUGAAUAUUCCUGAUAAUUCAGAGAAUAUUCUUGGCAAUCAUUGGCAUAAAGAUUAUCCACUGAAAGGAGGGUUCCUCUUUGGCAUGUUUUUUUUCUUAAAUGGGAAUAACGCUAUUUACAUUAAUAAACAGUAUAUGUUACUCUUUUAUAUACUUGAGUUAAUUACUACUUUGUAUUGAAUAUUAUGUUUCACUCUAAAGUUCAAUAGGUUGGAUCCAGACUUAAUCAUACUUCGAGUACACUUACUGAGUACUUAAAGUUAUUAUUGACAAACAAGAUUUAUUUCCAUGGAUCUAUUCUCAGGUAUGCCUAAGUCUGAAUUCAGUCUAGCAUGCUUAAUGCUGUAUUUCAUUCUGAGUUGAAAGUAGUAGCUAACUCCGGUAUAUAAAACAUAGCAUUUUUUUCUAAUGCUUACAGCCUCUACAGCAGUGGUUCUCAACCUGUGAGUCCCCAGGUGCUUUGGCCUACAACUCCCAGAAACCCCAGCCAGUUUACCAGGAUUUCUGGGAGUUGAAGCCCAAAACAUCUGGGGACCCACAGGUUGAGAAGCACUACUCUACAGCCUCUGUGGAAUCAUGUUUUUUGUAUAUGUGUGUUAUAACUGAAGGUACUUAGAUAUAUGUAUUGAGCUGCAAUAGCUGAUACUUGAAGAAAUUGAGCUCCACACUGUUCCCAUUAUUCCACUGUACCCUCCAGAACAAAGUGGGUCCAUCAAUGUGUGUGAACUCAUAGACAGCUAUUAGUGAAACUGACAUGAGAAUACAUCAAUUGAGGUAUGUUGCCUUAUGUCUAAAUCCAAAUAAAUGUUGCAUAGUAAAAACCCUCAUUAUGACAGUUGUGUUAGAUUAUACCAUUGUGCAAGAUAUUAUGAACCAGUUUGUACUUUCCAUAACCUCUUAGACAACUGUUUUCAUGACCAAGCAUAUAUUAGAUACCACUCUUGCACUAACACUGCUCAUGCAUCAUAAUUUAGCAAUGUCAUUGGACGCAGGUCUUUAGUUCAAAGUUUUUUCUGUUCAUAGCGUAGAUGUCCCUCUAAAUUUGUGUAUAUAGUAUCAGCACACGUUAGUGAAGGAAGGUCAUAUUUAGUUUAUGAACCUCUACUGUAAAGAAAAAGUUCAUUAUGGUACUUUAAAGAUGUUAAACUCAAGGAGUGACUUUAUAAAUUGUUAGUAGUCUAAAUAUACAGUUGCCACAUUGUGGGCCCUCAUGCCUCAAGAUCUGGAGUAAAUGAAAUUGCAGGAAGCCUCCUUGCAUACUUGACCUUGCAUACUUGACACACACUUAAUUGCUAGUUUAAUGCCAAACAGCCUUCCGAAUUUCCCCAGGGUUCAUCUGGGCAGUGCUGUAGAGGGGUAGGUAUGAAUGCAGCUGGAGUGCUGUUAACCCUCACUUCACUUCCCACUGAAUCCUAAUCAGUCUAAGAGAAGAUGUUGACUCUUGCAGACUUGUCGGACACUAAACCUGAGUAUCUUCCAGAUGCUCAGUCCGUACGGGGCCUACCACUGAGGGUAACUCCCAAGCAUUCUCAGAACAACUCUGUCCUGAAACUUCUUGAAGCACAUGAUCUAGUUAAGCUGUCCAAGGUAUUCAUUUCCACUUACAAUCCUUUAUUUUAAUUUUAUAUGGAAUUUUACCUACCCUAAUAAUGAGUUCAGCUACAAUUUCAAAGGAAAAGCACAUUUGAUUGAAUAUUUUAUACACUGCACCACUCCAGGGCUGAGAUGGGCAUGAUAUGCUAAAACGAUAAUUGGCACAUGCCACAUAGUUAUUUCUGUUUGUGUAUCAAUUUAAGCAGUGGGCGAUCCCACCUGUAUGACUUGGUUUUGGAUUGUAGCAUCCAUAACUGGGAAAAGGGGAACAUAUAAAUUAGCCUUUUCCAACCUGGUGCCUUCCGGCUGGGUUGGACUACAAUACCAUCACUCCCCAGCCACCACAGAGAUGAUGAUAGCUAUAACCCAGCACAUGUAGGCAAAAAGCUGAAAAAGGCUACUAUAAACAUAUAGUUUCUACCACUGUCGUCUAAUACUUAGCAGCUGCACAACAGAACAAUCAGGAGGUGUCAUUCUACUGAUUUUUUUAACAAAUACUGUUCCAUGGUGAAUCCGUGAAAUAUUUCCUCUCCAUUUUCAGCGGUGUUACUCUUUGUUAUCAGUUGCCUACAAAAGGUACAAUUGAAUGUACAAAAGGAUAGCCAUUGUUUGCCAUUUUAAGCAUACUUGCUAAGACAACCCUGUCAGUUUGGGUUAUGUUUGAGUAAACAUGGCUAGGUUUGGGCAGUAAGAAGUAUUCCAGAAAGUAAUGAAAUCCAAUGCAAUGGGUUUGAUCAUCAAUACUGCUGUUUGGAUUGCUAUUCUUGCUAAGGGUUGUCUUCAUAAUGGUACUAGGUAUUAAAGAGUUAUUUUCUGAUCUUUAGGUGUAUAGACUGUUUCAUUCUUUCUCAGUAAGUUAGACUAUUGGAUGAGUCACAGUCCUACCAUCUAUUCACUUUGACUUGUCAAAUAAAAAACAGUGUUUAUUCCUGCAAUGGAUGUGCCUUAUUUUGAAAUGAACUGGUUAAAAGAGGGAGGAAACAUGAAUAAACAGUGCCAAAUUUUACCUAUAAGGCUAUGCUUACAUAAUAGCACAUAUCACUGUUAAUAAGACUGUCUGAAUAUUGUCUAGUGUAUUUUGGACAUUGACAUGUCAUUGUACAUGUAGGAACUGAAUGUCCUCUUCGGGAAAGUUCGCUGUUGUUAAGUUUGCAGACAUGUAAGAUAAAAAACACAUGUUCAUUUUUUCACCUCAGCUUUUUUUUAACUUUUAUAAAAAGUGUAAUCUCUUUUUUUAAAAAAAAAAUGUGUAAAUACAUUUACAUUCAGUAGAACUAGUGUUCAAAUGUAAGAGACCAUUGUGGUCUUCAUUUGAUAAAUCUGCAUUUAUGAUCUGAUGUUCUUUGAGCCUUAGAUCACCCUUAAGGGUCUGUAGCACUGUGUACAUAUCAACUGUACUUAGGCUUUCAGAACCACUUUUGUAAUGAGAAAAUGUUUCUUACAAUGUCAAUAAAACAUCAUUUGUA